AAGGAAAUGUUCUCACAAAUUCUUCUAGAUAUACAUGUCAUUGUUUAAAAAUAAUAAAACCCUGAUCCAAAUAUCCCCGCUAUUAAGUUUUGAAACGUUAAACGUUAUACCUCCGUAUAAUCUUUUAAUACUUGUAAAAAAACAAAAACUGUUUAUACAAAUUUUCUUCAAAAUGUAAUCAGUGACUGCAAAUUACUCAAAAUAAUGGCUGUCUGAACUACUUACUAAUGUCGUUUGAAAGUAAAUAUAUAUACAAGCUUCUAUCCACCUACAAGCACUUCCGGCUGAUACUGUGAUGUAUAUGUGUCAUCUUCAUGUAUUUUUACCCUUCACGGGUAAAUAUCCACAAAACAGCUGUUUGGUAGAAAUGUUUAUUACCACGUUUUCGACAUGUGUUGAAAGUACGGUUCCUCUUAACUGCUGAGAUGAUAAACGAUAGUAAUGUAGCAUCCAAAAUGAUUAUCGUCGUAUAAUUCUAUUUCUUAGUAAUACGUAACCUCGAUCACCUGAAUAGAGCUUUAUAGGAAUUAUCAUGGCUCAGUGUAAGUUAACCCCUCGCGAAUUUAUAAAUAAUGCUUUUUCUCCGCAAAUCGCUGUUGUAUGUUCAACUGCAGCUGAUGCCACUUGUCAAAAAAACAAUUUAUCAUUCGUUGAGCUACUGCAACCAUUCUGCAAAUUAAAUACUGAAGGUCAUUUUAAAGAUCCGCAGGGAAACAUUGUAACAGUUAGAAGUCUUCGACUUUUUAUACAAGAUGUCAAUGCUCAUCCACCAGAACCAAAUGUUGCUAAAAAAAUGCUGAAUGAAGCAGUUAGUUCAAUGAUAUGUGAACAUACAACUUUGAUCCGAAUUGGAACCACAGAGCUUGAAAUACCUGUCUCAGUUUCUUGGUUCGAAGCAUGGAGAGAAAUGUUUCUGAGCAUUCAAUUCCCAUCAGAUCAUGAAUUUACCAAGCAUUUUCUUGCUUGUAUGAUAGUUGUUUCUACAGCAGAGGACAAUCCUUUGGAGAAAAUACAAAAUAUGGGUGCACAGUUACAUCAGAGUAUACCUGGGAAAUUGCCAAAAUGGUUUAAUAAUAAUACACUUAGAUAUUACAUUCUAGUACAUGAUAUUGUACAAGAUGAUAAGAACAAGGCUGAAGUAGUUUUUACAGAAAUGAAAAAUGUUUAUGGUGCUAACAAUUGUUUUUUAUUACAAAUGAAUUCAAGACCACCAGGUCAAAUUGAUGACAAUACUCAUUUGCCAGAUCCUUGGAGUCAAUUUCUAGUGAAGCAUUCAGAUAUAUCUGGAGGUAGUGAACAAAGUAGCUCUCCUCGUACUCCUGCAGAUACUAGUGGAGUUUCUUCUAUGCCUAAUGAAGUUUCCACUGAUACAGAAAAGACAAGUCAAGCUGGAACACCAGUAGCUCCACAAAAUUCUGUACUUCUUUCUCCAGAUGUAAAUAGUACUAUUAAUUUUUCUCCUGAAAUAUCUGAGUCUGCAAAUAUGCAUUUAGAAGUUGGUCAAGAAGCUGUUUCUGUUACAAUUCAUCCUUUAAGUCCAACUAUCGAGAAGACACAAAAUCCAAGUUCUGUUGUACAUACAAAAGGGCAAGCCAUUAAUAAUACACCAUUAAAUGUAAAUGUUUGGGCAGACUCUCCUAGUUAUGUAACAACGCAACAUGGUGCUAGAUUAUCUACACAAGAUUUAGAAAGACUACGAACAUUAAUAACAGAAUUCUGUUUAAAAAGUUUAUUACCUUAUGUAGAAAAGCAAAUUGGUCUACUAAAUGAUGUAAUAUCAAAUAAAAAAGGUGUCAGUAGAUCACUUUUUAGUGCAACAAGACGAUGGUUUGGAACGAAUAAGCCUGGUAUACCAGGACCUACUCCAUCAAAUGCUGUAAUUUACACAACAGAAUCUCCAGAAUUACAAUUGCGUCGCUUAGGUGACUUGUGUUUCAUGUUCAGUCACUAUUCACUUGCUUACCAAGCAUAUCAUAGUGCAAAAAGAGAUUUUGCAGCAGAUCAGGCUUGGCUUUAUUAUGCGGGUGCUCUAGAAAUGGCUGCUUUAAGUGCAUUCAUGCAAGGUGAAACUAAUAGAAAAACUAUUGAAUAUAUGGAUGAUGCAAUAUUGACUUAUUUGAACAGUUGUAAACAGCCACAGUUUGCAACAAGAGCAACGCUUCUCAGUGCCGAAAGUUUAAAAGGCAGGAGUUUAUAUGGAGAAGCUGCAAAACAAUUAAUUCGCAUGACUAGCGAGGAAUCAGACUUACGUUCAGCACUUUUAUUAGAACAAGCAGCUUAUUGUUUUAUUGGGCCGAAAAUGAUGCGCAAAUAUGCAUUUCAUGCCGUUCUUGCUGGUCACAGAUUCUCAAAGGCGGGUCAAAGAAAGCAUUCGUUACGAUGUUACGAACAGGCGUAUCAGGUAUAUGAUGGAAAAGGAUGGUCAUUAGCCGAAGAUCAUAUACAUUUUACUAUUGGUAGACAGGCAGCAUCAUUGAAACAAGUUGGCGAAGCUGUUACAGCAUUUGAAAAGUUGCUAAAUGCUGAGAGUAAGCAAGCAGCUCCACAGCAGGCUACAUUUUUACGUGAAUUUUUACAUAUCCAUAAUUUAUUGUUACAGGAAGGUUUAGCAAAUCGUUACGAGCUUCCUAUCUUGCCUUUACCAUUAAUAGAUAGUAAUAAUAUAAAAGUAUUAUAUGGUCCUACAGCUAGGCCCUAUGAAAACAGUGUUCCAGCAAGUCAUGUUUCAUUUGAUACUGAAGAAUGCGAUGAUGUAAGAUGGUCAAAAAUGGAGGAAAUGUUAAUAACAGAAGCACAGGGGUCACCACCUAUGAUAUUCAAACCACUAGUUGCAUUAUAUUCCAAAACAAGUAAUAACAGUGUGAAACCAAAUGCAAUUUUGAACGAACCAGUGCAUUUUUUUAUUGAAUUAUAUAAUCCGUUACAUAUACCAUUGCCACUAUCUAAUAUCAGAUUAUUAUGGUUGUUCACUUCUGCUGAUAAACAAAUUACAAAUGACAUGAACUCAACAGAGAAUUUAAAAUUGGUAGAAACGCAAACAAUAGAAAAAAUUAUUUUGCAACCAGUUUGUAAACAGUAUAUUAUGUUGUAUCUUAUACCAAAACAAGUAGGAGAGUUAAAAGUGUUAGGCUUAGGGUAUGAUUUAUCUAAUCCAGCACUUGCAGUAGACAUGCCAAUUGUUAAUCCAACAUUAGCUAUUUCUGGAAAAAGGUUAUUUGAAAUUAGGGGUCCUAAAUUAAAAAAUGUUAAAGAAAAGCCUGGUGCAAAUUUGUAUGGUGUAGAUUAUAGAUUGGAAAUGAAUGUUAUUGAAAAAACACCAUGUAUGCAGGUUUUCUUUAGUAACUUAUCUUCAAAACUAUUAUGUGGUGAAAUUCAAAAAGUAAAUGUUAAAUUAAAGAAUGUAGGAAAUGCACCACUGACAAAUGUGUAUUUAGCGUCUACAGAUGCAAAACUGUUUUCAUUAGGAGACAAGCAUAUAAAUGUACAAGAGCAUUCAGUGAAAAAAAAUAAAUUGACAACAAAAAUUUCAUUACCUUUUGAUAAUGAUACAUUAAAUGUUGGAGAGUUUUGUACAAUACCGUUAUGGAUACGAGCGCCACAUGAAAAAGGAAAUCAUCGUUUAGACUUACUUUUUUACUACGAGAACGUUGAUCCUAAAAGUGUAGUAAGGCAUCGACUUUGCAGACAUACGUGGCAUUUCAUGGUUUUGGAUUCCAUACAAAUCAGUGCAGUCGCGUCGAGAAGUGUAUUAUUUAAAAAUGUUUCACCCACUUUAAACCUAAUUGUUUGCGUUAAGAAUGCAAAUCACGUUCAUGAUUCCAUUAUGAACGAAAUUAUAUUGUCCAAAGUUCUGUUUCAAAGCGAUAUGUGGUCUGUAUUCAGUUCAUCUGUCCUUCCAAGUGACAUUAAAAUAGAACCUCAAGAAGUGUUUCAUUUAAUGCUGAAGUUAAGGAAAAAGUCCGAGGGCGAGUCAGUAUUUUCUCAUGUGUCCUUAACUCAAGAAACUAAUAGUACAACAUUAGAUGUGAAUUAUCCUUACAUCAGUUUUAUACAAAGAAGACAUAUUCCACCAUUGGAUGUAAAUGAAAAUUCGGUUGAAAUGCAACAACAAUUUCAACGAUUGUCACAAAAUAUAGAACAGUCACAUCUAUCAACCGCUGUGUCCUUACAUUCUACUUUAAUUCUUCAAUGGCAAGCAAAGGUGGUUGAAGGUGGUACUAUUUCUAGACAAGCGAUUGGCCAACAUCAUCUUGACCUUGAAUAUUUGAAUAAAACAUAUAAACAUCCCAAAGAAAUUCAAGUUGAGCCCAAUGAGUAUGGCGCACGCUUGAAAAUAUUUGGGCCGGAUAAAAAUGUACCCGAUUGGUUAACUGUAACUAGUAAAGAACAACUUUUAGAAACGGAAUUUUUGAAGAACGUCGUAUCUUUUUCAUUAAGUCACGAUAGACAAAUCACUCAUAAUUUCAAUCAAAACCGUCUGUGUUUCGUUCCAGUAAUGAUGUACAUACAGAAUCAUUUAGAGUCACAAAUCGAUAUUAAAGUAAAUACAAUAGGUACUAGCAGUGGAUCACAUCUUCCAAAUAUAAAAUCGCAGUUAUAUUCUCCACAAGCUUCUACAUUUUAUAGAUACGCAUGUCAUUCGGCAAUUUCUUCUCAUAUAGGACCACUUACCAGCAAUACUGUAAAAUUACAAGCUGUACUUCCAGCCCCUGGAACGUAUGAUUUAGCAGCGCGUGUAGAAGUCUCUGUAAGAGUUGUAAAUACUAGAGAAUUCAUCUUACAGAAGUGGAAAAUGGAAAGCAUAUGUAUUAUUAAUGGUGACAGUAAAUAAUUAAGAAGCAUAAAAGCAUUAUUAUUAUUAGUAAUAUCAAGUAAUGUAAUAAAUUUAUUUCAUUUAUGUAAUUUAAAAUCAUUCCUUGAUGCUAUGUAAAUAUCUAGUACAGGUCAAAUUAUUACUAUUAUAUCUUUACUUAUAAAUUUAAUGUGUAUUAUUUAACAGAUCCCAGAUUUUCUUUUUUUUUAAUUUGUUACAGUGCUGUUUAUAGUAUACAUCAGAGAUGGAAUAGUCCAAUCUAAAAGAUUAUCAUAAAUUAUAUUAUUAUAAAUCAGUACAUUAAAGUUAUUUUACGUAAAAAUAAGAUUAAUUGCGAUAUAUAUCAAAUAAUUUU